CAUUGUUUUAUUAUUAUUCUUGUCAACUUUCAAGUCUGAUAUUUGGAUAUUUCUAACAGAAUGGGCGAUGAGCAGCCGCCUGUUGAUGAUCUUGCCAGAAAACCGUCUGUUAAUCAUAAAGAGUCCCACGUUGUAGUCAACCCCCUAGCCGACACAUAUCCACCUCCAAAGAGCAGCAUUGAUGCCCCAAAGAAAAGUAUAGCUAUUGAAAGGGCUGGGAGUGUGCGCGCAAGUGUGCGAGCAAGUGUGAGACGAUUCACAACGGAAAUGUCGAGGGAUAGAAUUGCGAGAAGACAAUCGGAAAGAGCAAGUAAAUCGAGACUAGCGCUUGGAAGUAUCAUAUCGUUUGGUAGAGGUGGAGUAUAUGGAUUGGAUGGUAUCGCCUUGAAGGCGCCCAAGUUUAUGAAUACGUACAAGCUCGACAGCGAUAAACCGUUUCACGUUGAAAAGGUGGAGAAGAUUUUGAAACAAGUUUUAAUGGAAGCUAUGGAGAAUUUAUCGUACGAUCCUGAGGAAUGUCCGAAGCAGGCGAAGUGGGCAACGAACAUGAUAAAGACGCGCGUUAAGGAAGAAGAAUAUGACAGGUAUAAGUUGAUCGUUAUAGUAACCAUUGGAGAAAAAAGGUACCACGACAUGUGCUCUGUGGUGAGAUUUUUGUGGGACAUCGAGAGGGAUAAGUACGCACUUUUCGUGCACGACAACAUGCACGUAUUUGGGGCCGCCCUUUGCUUUGGAGUUUACUACGAAUGAACUAAGA